UGGCAUGGAAGCUUCUCCUCUGCUCAACGAUAUCAACAAAAUAUCCAACUCUAUUGCUAUUGAAGGCAACUAUAAUGAAAAGGGUUUAGAUGAACUUAAGGUGUCACCAUGCGCAGACCAAGUUGUGUGCAUGUCAGUUUCCAAGGCUGAGAAGCGACUGAAAAAGCUCGAAAGGGAUUAUCAACACACCUACGAGAAUUACAUAGAAACCCGAUCAAACAGGUAUAGGUUCUACAUUAUAGGAAAGCAUUCUAAUUAUCGCAGUCGCCAAGCUGGAAACUGUAUCAAAUACUACAAGAAUCUGCAGGACCAACUGCAGAAUAAUCUUGCAAAUCUGAAUAAAGCAGAAGCAACGCAAAGAAGAACAGAAAAGCCUGAUUACUGCAAGCAAUUCUCGAUGUUGCACGGUUGUAAAAGCUUGGCUCAAGAAAAGAGGAUACUACAACAGAUAGGAGAAACACAACAACAACACCUGCAAAACAAUGACCUGCAACGUCAAGAAAUAAAACAUUUCAAAGACAGAAACUGGGAGUUCAGAUACAAUCAAAGGAUAAUUCCAAAAAGUAGCAGCAGAAAAGUAAUACAUGAUCUGCUGAGGAGAUUUAAAGACACAGAGAAGUUGAGGGAUAAAUCUAUCGCCAAUGGUGAAGUUGUUUACAACGCAACAAGUCAGGACAGUUUGAUAAUUUCUAUAAAACGAAACGAUAUUUGUUUUCCAACAGAUUCUGACAAAGAAAGAGACAGAGAGAUAAUGAUUGAUAAUGGUUACGAGGAAAAGAUCAGGCAUCUGGAGAAUAAAUGUGAAUGGAUUUGCGGGAAAUGGGAUGAAGAAAAGAAGUAUAUCCUCGGGUUGAAGCAAAAUACA